CAGGGGGUGAGGUCAAGGGUCAGAAGGCGGAGGCGUGCCCAAGAUGGCGGCCUCCAUGUGCGACGUGUUCUCCUUCUGCGUGGGCGUGGCGGGCGGCACCCGGGGCUCCGUGGAAGUCCGUUUUGUGAGCAGCGCCAAGGGAAAGGGACUGUUUGCCACACAGUUGAUCCGGAAAGGAGAGACCAUUUUCGUUGAAAGGCCCCUGGUGGCGUCGCAGUUUCUCUGGAAUGCACUUUAUCGGUACCGGGCCUGUGACCACUGUCUCCGGGCCCUUGAGAAGGCAGAGGAGAAUGCCCAGAGGCUGACUGGGAAACCAGACCAGGUUCUACCCCACCCAGAGCUAUGCAGUGUGCGCAAGGACCUCCACCAGAACUGCCCCCACUGCCAGGUGAUGUACUGCAGUGCAGAAUGUCGGCUGGCAGCUGCGGAGCAAUACCACCAGAUCCUGUGCCCAGGCCCAUCCCAGGAUGACCCCCGGCACCCCCUCAAUAAGCUGCAGGAGGCGUGGAGGAGUGUUCACUACCCUCCUGAGACUGCAAGUAUAAUGCUGAUGGCUCGGAUGGUGGCCACAGUGAAACAGGCCAAGGACAAGGACCAUUGGGUCAGGCUUUUCUCCCAGUUCUGCAGCAAAACAGCCAACGAGGAGGAGGAAAUUGUCCACAAACUGCUGGGAGACAAAUUCAAGGGCCAGCUGGAACUUCUGCGCAGGCUCUUCACGGAGGCCCUCUAUGAGGAGACCCUCAGCCAGUGGUUCACGCCUGAUGGAUUCCGGUCUCUCUUUGCCCUUGUUGGAACCAAUGGUCAAGGGAUUGGAACCAGCUCCCUCAGCCAGUGGGUGCAUGCCUGUGAUGCGCUGGAGCUGAAGCCGCGGGACCGGGAGCAGCUGGACACCUUCAUUGACCAGUUGUACAAGGACAUCGAGGCAGCCACCGGCGAAUUCCUUAACUGUGAAGGCUCUGGCCUCUUCGUGCUUCAAAGCUGCUGCAACCACAGCUGUGUCCCCAAUGCAGAGACCUCCUUCCCAGAAAACAACUUCCUUUUACAUGUUACCGCCCUGGAGGACAUUAAGCCAGGCGAGGAAAUCUGUAUCAGCUACUUAGACUGCUGUCAGCGCGAGCGAAGCCGCCACAGCCGUCACAAGAUCCUCAGGGAGAACUACUUGUUCAUCUGUUCCUGUCCCAGAUGCCUGGCAGAGGCUGACGACCCCAAUGUGACCUCAGAAGAGGAAGAGGAAGAUGAGGAGGGAGAGCCGGAAGAUGCAGAGCUAGGAGACGAGAUGACUGAUGUGUGAUGUUACCCUGCCUGGAAGGGGCCCUGUCCAGACCCUGCUGGAAAAGGGGGCCCGUCCUCCACAACUGUGGUUGGAAGGAGCAUCCCCUCCCCCUUGCACCCGUUGCCUGCUCUCUCCUUUCUAGCAUCCUGCUGGAGGGUAGGAUUGAGGCUGCCCGAGCCCCACCCCCCACCAGACCUCAUGCCCUGAGCACUGCUGCUGAGCUGCAUUGGCUCUGUGCCAUCACCAAGCCUUCCAGAACUGGCCUUCCCCUGCCAUGCUCCACUGUAGCUCUGAGACUGAAAUCAGGCUCCAGGCCUCAUAGUGUUCUUCCUCUUGGGCCCCUUGGCCCAUACUCACCUGUCCACCAGAGGCUUGCCUCCUACUGACUGGCUGUUAAUUUGAGUGAGGCAACAAAGUGGCCAAUCUGAGAACAGGCUGUUAUCCUUGACAAAAAGAGGUAAU